GCAGCUGGAGGGGAGCAUUCCCGGGCAGGGGAGCCGUGAUGUCAGAGCAGCUGCCAGCCAGACUCGCUGCUGCUGCUGCUGCUUCUACCUCCUCCUCCUGCUGCUGCUGCCGCCGCUGCUGCUUCUGCUACUGCCGCCGCCGCCGCUUAUUCUACACAAGCAGCAGCAGGAGCAGCAGCAGCAGCACGCUUGUUGCCCCGGCGCUCUGCGAACGCUGCAUCGACACUCUUAUUCUAUCUGCUGCUGCUGCAGCUGCGGCUGCUGCUGCUGCGUUGUCGCGACUCGGGCCGGGCCGGACCAGAGAGGCGGAGGGGAGAAGACGCAACUGCAGCAGCAGCCGCCAGGAUCAGCCCGUGAUGCUGGUCCCGCGAUGGAGUUCCCGGAGCACAGCCGACAGCUGCUCCAGUGCCUGAGUCGCCAGCGCUUGCAGGGCUUCCUGUGCGACUGCACCGUGCUCGUGGGCGGCUCCGAGUUCCGAGCGCACCGUGCCGUGCUCGCCUCCUGCAGCGGCUACUUCCACCUCUUCUACCGCGACGAGAGGCCCCGACGUGGCUUCCGCGACCACCUCGGCCUCCGAGGCCGGGAGAGGGGGGGGGAGCGGGAGCAGGAGGAGGAGCAGGAGGAGACGGCGGGCGACGCGGCGGAGGCGACGGCGGUGGCGUCGAUCUCCGGGGGGGUCCCGAGGCCCCCCGCGGAGUCCGCGGCGGGGCUCGUGGUGCGGCUGAACGGGGACGCGGUGACGGCGCCCGCGUUCGGGGCCCUGCUCGAGUUCAUGUACGAGGGCCGCCUGCGCGUGGACGGGCUGCCCGUGGAGGACGUGCUGGCGGCCGCCAGCUACCUACACAUGUACGACAUCGUCAAGGUGUGCAAGCAGAGGCUCCGAGGACGUGGCGACGGGGUCGGGGUCCCUGCGCCAGAGCGGUGCCCCCGGCCGUGUCCGGAGAACAUCUGCGUGAAGAUAGAGGCGGGGGAGGAGGAGGAGAUGGUGUUGGCGGCUGUGUGCGGCGACGAGGGCGUGAGCAGCGUGCGAAGCGUCGCCGAGGGUGGCUCUCACGGCGGUGGCAGCCGUCUGGCGGCGAGGGCAGCGCCGUACGGCGCGGCAGCUGGGAAAACGGCGUCAACGGCUCCAUUGUUGCGCGGCGGCUCUGGCAUCUCAAUUAAGGGCCUCGGUGAGAGCGCGCUCGACCUGUCAGUCAAGCCGGCAUCUGCGGCGGCGAGGGCGUGCGACCCCGACCUCCCGGGGCACACGGGCCUAGGUGAAAGGGAAGCGGCUGCCGCCGCAGCUGUUACAGCUACCGCCGCCGCCGCCGCUGCUGUCUCGGCAAAGGGCCUCCCUGCUGCAGGAGGAGCGAGGAGGAGAUUGCGACGAGGAGAUGUGCGACGCGGACGAGGACCCGGCGAGGAGAGCGGACGACCUCGCGAGCAACUCGUCGCACCGCUCCAGCGGCGUGAGCUGCGAGCUCUCGGAGAAGGUUCCCUCGACCUCCAGCGAGCUGGACCACGAGGACGACGUGGGCAGCUCGGACGAGGGCAUGGAGCCAGAGAUGAGCCGCCCGCGUCCCUGGGCCACUUCCGCUUCAAGGACGAGGCGCUGCUGCUGCCCUUGUCGCUGCGCGAGGGCGGCGGCCCGCUGCUGGGCUCGGCGGGGUUGGUGUUCGCCUGCCCCCUGUGCGGCCAGGCCAUGCCGUGCCCCCAGGCUCUGCAGAUCCACCUCAGCCUGCACUUCAGCGAGCGCCGCGCGGAGCCCAAGGUGGAACGCGUGGCGGGCCACCGCGGCCCGCACGGCCUGCAGCCCCAUGGCAACGGCAAGGUCAAGCCGCCCCUGCCGCCGCCCCCGCCGCCGCUGCCGCCGCCUCUGUCGGGCGCGUGUCCCGGCGGCGCGGCGCCGUUCGGGCCGGGGCCCGUGGGCAUCGCGGAGGCCUCGCCGCCGGCCCUCGGCGGGGCCGAAGGGGACGUGCCCACGUGCGCCACGUGCGGGAAGACGUUCUCGUGCGCGUACACGCUGCGGCGGCACGAACGCACGCACUCGGGCGAGAAACCCUACACGUGCGCCACGUGCGGCAAGAGCUUCCAGUACUCGCACAACCUGACGCGCCACGCCGUGGUGCACACGCGCGAGAAGCCGCACGCCUGCAAGUGGUGCGAGCGGCGCUUCACGCAGUCGGGGGACCUGUACCGGCACAUGCGCAAAUUCCACGGCGGCCUCGCGGGCUCAGUGACCGCGCAGUGAACUCGCCGAUGGCUCCCCGUCUCUCCGUGCGGGAUCCGCGUGGCGGCGGUCCCCGUUGCUCCGUUGCCCUGCACUUCUCGCCGGUGAUCGUUGCCGAGAUGACUCCGCGCGGGGGUUCCGUGGGCGCCGUGGGUU